AUGUCGAUUUCUAAACACGGAUAUGGAGCUAUCGCUAUGAUCGUCGUCGGCACGCUUUAUAACGCCGUUGCCAUGAUACUCCCCAUGUGGACCGCAAACACCACCGUGAAUCCCGCGCUCACCGCUGUGGUGGCGAGCACCAACUUCAAGGCCGGACUCAUGAGCUUCUGCAUCAACACUGAGCUCAUUGAACCAAGCACCACGCUCGACCAUUGUUUCUACUACAAGUUUGGGUCCGGGUAUCAGGACCUCUCUGUCAUCAAUGAGACGAUAUGGGCCAAGUACUCGGAGUAUGCCACCUGCGAGGGCUACAGCAAGGCUGGCGAUGUUAGCGACGUUGAACGUAUAGCAUACGCAUCGGUACUGGCGACAGCUGCUGGUAUGGACGCGAUUCAAUUUGACAAGUUCCUGGACAAAUCGUGUGGCAUACUUGGUAUGGGAACGAUGACGACUGGUGGCAUGAGCAUGUCAAACGGUCUGAUGGCGAUCAUUGCUAUAGUCGGCGCAAUCACAUGCUGCAGGGGAAACAAAAAGUGGAUUGGCGGUGGUUUCUUCUUGGCUGGUGUGGCUGCCUUUACGGCCAUGCUGACGUUCGUGCUAUGGAUCAUGCAGGCAGGACCGUUGAAUGAAAAAGACGAUGCGUCUUUAAAGACGGGAUUCUUCUUAAUGAUCAUUGCAAUGCUGCAUUAUCCUUUGGCAAUGUUCAUGUUCUGGAAACACUUGAACCAGGUCAAUAUAAAGAAAGACGUGGAGAAUGCAUUUGUUCAGGAAGCUUCAGAUAGCCAGGGCGGUUCGCGGGCGUACAUGUAG